UGCCAUCUUUAAUUUCUUCUCUUCUUCUGUCCAUUAUUGUAAUUAUAAAAUAAAAGGAAAAAGGAAAGAAGAAGAAACGAAGAGAUCAGAGAUUGAUUAAUAAGAAGCUGAGCUAAGGGGGGAUCGGAUCGGAGAAAGAUGGCAGGUAAUAAUGUAGUCCUCCCCUUGGUGUCUAUCAUCUUUGUGGUGGUGGUUCUGUGUGGAGCCGUUCUGGUGUUGCGCAUAGGCGACGAGGAUGCACCAUCCAACACUAAUCGAAAUAUUUCGACCGGCGGCUCCAUGAAGUCUGUUACAACAUUCUGUCAAUAUGCGGAGUACAAAGACUCAUGCGCCAAGAGUAUCUCCCCAGUGGCCAAAAAUCAGUCAGCCACCACUAAGGACUUCAUUAUCGCAGCCAUACAGGCUACAAUCGAGGAAGUGUCCAACUCCUACAAGGUUGCCGCGGAUACCGACGUUGACCAGACCCUCGAUCCUUACAAUCAUAUGGCCAUUGAGGAUUGCAAGGAAAUGUUGCAAGAUGCGAUUGAUGACCUUGAGGCGUCCUUAUCUGUGGUGGGAGAUAGCGAAAUUCACAGCCUCAACGAUCGCGGGGACGAGUUACUCAACUGGGUGUCUGCGGUGUAUGCCUAUCAGAAAACCUGCACGGAGCAAAUUGAAAAGCCGGAGUACAAAACUGCGAUUGAGGAUGGCAUGAUCAACGCCUCCCAACUAACCAACAAUGUAAUCAAUAUCAUAGCUGAUAUGUCCAAGGUCAUAGAGGCAUUCAAUAACAUCACCAAAGCAGUGGACUUACUUCAUCAUGCUGGAGCUAAGGCGGCAAGUAAUAUUGCUAAAAACGACUCUACCACCACCACUACCUCUCGUCGCCUCCUCCAAGCCACCGCCCAGCUGGAUGAUGAUGAUGAUGAUUUCCCAUCGUGGUUCCCUGCAGCAGAUAGAAAACUAUUGGCUGAACAAAAAGCAGGGAAAUUGAAGCCUACCACGGUGGUAGCCCAAGAUGGUAGCGGCAGCUUUAAGACAAUUCAGGAGGCACUCAAGGCCUACCCAAAAAAGCGUAAAGCCAAAUACAUCAUAUAUGUCAAGGCUGGAGUGUAUAAGGAAGCUCUUGAGGUCAGCAAGAAGAAGAAAAACAUUUUCAUGUACGGAGAUGGUGCUGGGAAGACCGUUAUAACUGGCAACAAGAACUUUGCCGUGAUGAGAAUGACCAUCUCAAGAACUGCCACCUUUUCGGCUCUUGGGCAAGGGUUUGUGGCACAAGGAAUUACCUUCCGCAACACUGCAGGUGCAGAAGGGCAUCAAGCUGUGGCUUUUCGCAGCCAGUCUGAUAUGUCAGCCCUUUUUGAUUGCUCCAUUGAAGGAUACCAGGACACACUAUAUUACCACACCUAUCGCCAGUUCUAUCGCAACUGCGUCAUCUCCGGUACUAUCGACUUUAUCUUUGGCAAGGGGACGGCACUCAUCCAGAACAGUGUCAUCAUUGCAAGGAAACCCUUGUCAAAUCAAUUCAACACCAUUACUGCCGAUGGAAAAGAGCUAGCCAAGGCCAAGGGUGGAGUGGUACUCCAGAAUUGCAGAAUUGUUCCAGAUACUGCGCUCUUCUCCGCCAGGUUCCAGUUGAAAACUUACUUGGGAAGACCUUGGAAGGCCUACGCCACAGCUGUGGUGAUGGAGAGCCAAAUAGGUGAUCUGGUCAGCCCGGUGGGAUGGAAGAUUUGGGACGGGGAGAGUUUUGAGGACACUUGUAUUUGCUGGGAGUAUAAGAACUAUGGACCAGGCGCAAACACGUCUAGGAGGAAUAGAGCUUUCAAGCAAUGGGGGUUGAUUGGUGACAUAAGAGCCAGACGAUACACCGUUGGAUCUUGGCUCAACGGAAAUACCUGGUUGCCUGCCACCGGGAUACCUUUUGCCCUCGGUUUCACUAGAAGCUAAUUAUUAAGUAAUUACGUACGUUAGAUCUUAUAAAAUUAAUUAAUAGAUGAUUGAUUAGAUCGAUUUUGUGUAUGUACCUAG